AAUGCGGUGUUAUUUAAGUAGAUAAUUAAGUCUAACAAAUUAAUUUAUUUCUUCCAGUGAACUUCACUCCAUCGCCACAACCCAUCCCAAGCAAAGCCUACAAACCUAACGACCAGACAACUCAUUCAAUGGUGUCACCAGGAUCCAAAUAUACAGAUUCAGGAUGGCUUUACCAUUUAAAAUCUCGAAACCUCCUCGGGGUGGUCCUAGCAGCGGCGGUGCUGGCCAUGAUGAUUCUCCUGGUAACCUACUGGAGGCGGAAAACCCUCUUCGCCUGCCUCAGGAAUCGACACAGAGACAAGAAGUCCGGAUCGUCUCCAGGGUCCCUAGCCAAGAGUUCCUCUCUCCUGACCUAUAACUUCGCGAGCAACCCGAACUACUACGCGCAAGCACCCGACAACCUGCCCCUUCAGACGCUCGCUGUCCAGUUUAUCGACAAGGAACAGAUCACCUUCGUCGGGGAGUUGGGAGAGGGAUGCUUCGGCAAAGUUUACAAAGGAGAGUGCGGCCCCCGGUGCCCAGAGAACCUGCUGGCGAACGAGAACGGGGGCAGCACGCCCCGGGUGAGCACCACAGUCGCGGUCAAGGUCCUGAAGGAGUCGGCGAGCAGGGAGGCCGAAGCAGAUUUCUUGCGGGAGGUGGAAAUCAUGUCGGCCUUCAGGCACGAGAACAUCCUCUCUCUCAUCGGCAUUGUGGGGACAGAACCCGGGGGAACUCCGUGGAUGGUCUUCGAGUAUAUGCCUUACGGAGACUUGGCCGAAGUCCUGAGGUCAUGUAACAAGCAGUUCUAUGCUAAUGACCCGCCUGUGAAAUCACUCGGGAAGGAGGACCUGCUGAACAUGAGCGUUCAGAUCGCCUCCGGGAUGGAGUACCUGUCCUCCCAGCAUUUUAUCCACCGCGACCUGGCCUGCAGAAACUGCCUGGUGGGGGAGAACCUCACAGUCAAGAUCUCGGACUUCGGGAUGUCCCGCGACGUCUACACCUGCGACUACUACAAGGUGGGCGGUACCCGUAUGUUACCCGUCCGCUGGAUGGCGCCCGAGAGCAUCAUGUACGGCAAAUUCACCCUCGAGAGCGACGUCUGGUCCUUCGGAGUCGUCCUCUGGGAGAUCUACUCCUUCGGGAAGCAGCCUUACUACGGCAACUCCAACGAACACGUGAUGAAACUCAUCCCUCCAGGGAAUAUACUUGAGUCCCCCAGACACCUGCCCUGCCCAAGUCUGUGA